AUGCCUUAUGUCGGAGAGCGGGAUUAUACUGUCGAAGAAGUAUGCGAGAUCAUAGCGAGAAGUGAACAUGAUUCUAUGGCUUCACGGUCCAUUCUUUGUGGAACCUGCAAUGAUAAAAGCCUCAUUUUACCGAUCCAACAGAGCUACGAUGACAACAGUUCCUCGAACGAUAAAGUACACAAGGUGGAAGACGGAUUAAUUGUAGUUAAGGCCAUUCACGACGAAGUGCAAGAUGAGCACGGUAAUGUCAAUAAAAGUUUGUCGAAGACAUUUCCCGUCUCUGAAACCUACGACUUUAAUGGUGCUAAGAUAACCUUAAGCUUGGAUGGUGCAUUAACUGUGUAUAUUCCUUGUAAGAAUGAGCCAUUCGUUGAUACAAACUAUACUACCAACAACCCAUCCUACAAUAAACCGAAUGAAGAAAACUAA